AUGGUGUUAUUUUUCAGUUUUUUUAAAACUCUUGUUGAUAAGGAAGUGAUUGUCGAGUUGAAGAAUGAUGUAUCACUGAGAGGAACUUUGCACAGUGUUGAUCAAUAUUUAAAUGUUAAAUUAAAUAAUGUACAAGUUGAGGACAAGGAAAAGUAUCCAUAUUUAUGCUGUAUUAAAAAUUGUUUCAUCAGAGGAAGCACAGUCCGAUAUAUACAACUCCCAGCUGCUGAUGUGGAUACGGAAGCAUUACAAAAUGCUACAAGAAAGGAACAUAUGCGUAAGAAAUAA